AUGGCAGAUUUUAUUCAAAAGAUUGUCCGGCCUACCAAGCAUGAACCCGAGUUCCAUUUUCAGGAUAUUUCAGAGCCACGUCAUGCAUUCAACUCGGGACUAGGUCGUCUCAACAUUGAUAAUAAUGUAGAGCAAGAAUCACAGCCUCAGGAUGAUUCUCAGACCACCAAACAUCAUCCAUCCUCAGUCAAUGACACUUCUCUUCAAGAACAGGGGCUGCCGGUUUUGACUUCCAGCCAUCGAGUCAAUUGGCCAGGAGGCAAGCCAUUCAACCCUUUCGCACCCAAAGCCAAAGUUUAUGUGUUGGUUAAUUCGAAGAGGCUCGCUUACAAGGCGGUUUUAGCCAGAAAAGGCCUGCUGGCAGAUGACGACCCGAAGACUAAGCCUGAGAAGAAGGCGAAAGGCACAGAAUCCGAGCCUCCAAACAUCGUCACACCAAGACUCGAUGCCCAGUCGCAGGAUGCUCGUGAUAUGCAAGAGUGUGCAUCUCCUUUAGAUACUUCUUUUCGUGUUAAGGAUGAGCCAAUCGAGGAGGGUAUAGCGUCAUUCCCUAUCGACGUCGACGUUUGUCCUAAUCUGGAGCUCACUGAAGAGGAAUUCUUCGCUCGUUACCACAAUCCCCGAGCAAAGAUCAAGAAAGACCUGCAGUGCGAAUACACCACUGUCAUCGAGCGUCUGAAGAUCAUUGGAACGGACGUAUUUCCAGUCGAUCUCGCGGAGGAUGAGCAGCUCUUCUUAUUCAAACGUGAACACCUUGCUAAGAUGUACCAAGGGAACAAGCAAAUGACGUUUCUCAGUCCCGCGGAGGAACAUGUUAAUUGCCAUGGUAUCGACAACAUAGGUUUCGUAGGCCGUGACUACCAUCCGCAUGCGCCUGUCAUUCCUGGCGCGCCCGGGGCUCUUCUUUCAAUUCAUCAGAGCUGUACAAGGGUGGCCGGGACACUCCGAUACUAUCAGGCUUUUUGUGGACUACAAGGGCCAACGUGA